AGGUUCCUUGAUUUAUUAAAAAACCGCAGAACUCUCGAUAUAUAUAUGUGUAAGAAGAAAAACCUGUAGACACUUUUCUGUUUCUGUUGUUGAUGUUUACGGGGAAGGAAAGUCAUCCAUCUCGCUUUUUUCAAGUAUUGGUAUUGGUUAGUCUCCGCGACGUGUUGGCCUUCAAUGGAGGCUUCAACUCAGCUCGCAAAUCAAAACACAGGUAACACACACACACGUAAAGUUCACAAUCUAUUAACGUACUGUACACCUUCGCUUCCUCGUCGUUGAUUUCCUCUUCUUGUUCUUUUUCUUUGGUGGGAGUUGCUGUCUGUCCGCAUUAUUCUUCUUCUUUUUGGAAGUUCUUGCAAGUCAAAAUUAAACACUGGCGAGCGUUUUCGAAGAAGGUCACACGCCAUCAUUAAGGCUGUUUCGGUUACGGAUUGUUUUGCGUCUAUUUUUUUAUUUUUUAACGAUUAGCAGUAGUAGUAGUAUUACUUCGCCCAGCGCUUUGCUCACUUUCUUAUCCAUAUCACCUGUUACGGCGGGAGUGACGGUCUUUCUGCUUCAACCCCCCCCCCCACGUCCUUCGCGCGCACCACCGCAAAAAAGGGUUCGAGUACACAAGUGCAGUGCAAGGCUGCCUUUCUCUCUUCUGUCGCCUAUUUGCCUCAUUAACACCGACGCUACCUUCACCACUUCUGGCAGUUGUACGUAUACACAUACAAGGAAGAGGAAAACAAACUAUUCAACUGAACGUCAAGGCAACGACAACCAACAAACAAACAAACAAACAUGAACUACAUCGCUCGCCCACGCAUUCACCAGAGGAUUCUGGUGGAGGACAUCGUGAAGGGCAACCGCCGCGCCCUGGCCAAGGCGGUCACCUUAGCCGAGAGUACGAACUCCUCCGACUCUACCCGGCUCAGUCACCUCCUUCGUGAUAUCCAUCAAUCGGCGAAGGUGCGCAUGGUGCCGCGCUUCGCCAUGUCCGGCAGCCCCGGCGCUGGCAAGUCGAGUCUGCUGGAGACGCUAGGCUACUACCUCUGCGAAAAGAAGGGGCUGCGGGUUGGCGUGCUGGCCGUCGACCCGUCCUCCACCAUCACGCACGGCAGCAUCCUCGGCGAUAAAACGCGCAUGGAGAAGCUCAGCACGCACGCGAACUCGUACAUCCGCCCCUCCCCCUCCGGCGGCCACCUCGGCGGCGUCACGGCGCGUGCGUGGGAGGUGAUGGAGAUCUUCGAAGCCGCCAGCUUCGACGUCGUCUUCGUGGAGACGGUCGGCGUCGGCCAGAGCGAGACGCAAUGCAAAGACCUCACGGACAUGAUGAUGCUGCUGGUCCCACCGGCGAGCGGCGAUGAGCUGCAGGGUAUCAAGAAGGGCAUCGUGGAGGUUGCGGACAUGGUCGUCGUGACGAAGAACGACGGGGCGCGGAAGCUGCUGGCGCAGCAGACGAAGGGCGCCUACGCGCGUGCGGUGAUGUACACCGAGAUGGAGCAAGGCUUUGAGAAGCCCGUCAUCGCCGUCUCCGCCGAGGAGAACACCAACAUCGUCGAGCUGUGGGAGGCGAUGAUGAAGAUGUGGAACACCCGUGCGCAGAGCGGGCAGAUCGACCACCUGCGGCGCGCGCAGUCCUCGAAGCACUUCUAUAACUACUUUGAGAUGGAGCUGCUGGCGCGGGCGAAGAAGAUGGCCAGUGUGGAGAUGCUGAACCUGUCGCACCGCGUGUGGGAUCACAAGAUGACGCCGCGGGAGGCUGGAGAUAGCUUGGUGGUGCGUACGCUGCGCGAGCACCUUGCUCCGGAGAAGACGACCACGGCGGCGCCACCGCCACCUGCCGCGUCGCAGAAGGGAUAG